AUGAUCCAACUUGAUCGUGGCUACUACGAAGAACUGCUCAGAUCAGUCAGUCAAGUGAAGAGAUUGCAACAGGAGGUGGAACGCGAGAAGCAGAUUGGUCAGAAGGAGCACCAAGAAUAUGCCGAUCUUUGCAGUUUCUCCCGUGAACGGAGAGAGAAGGCCGAAGCCCAAGCUCGGCAGGCCCAAGAAGAACUCCGAGUCGCCAAAGCCUCGACGGUGUCGACAGCAAGUCUUCGCCUGGCUGGAACUCGCGCGGCCCAGGCCGAAGCUGGUGCUGCCAAAGCCGAAGCCGCCCUUCAACAGGAGCGGACUUUGAGGCAGGCGGCGGAGGAGGGCUCCCAGGCCAGACAAGCCUGCUUGGACGAGAGGCUGGCUGCAUACGGCAGUCUUACGAACGAGCUACAGCAAACCAAGGCCUGGAACGAGGAGCUGGAACGCAAGUUGAGUGACUUGCAGGCGGCCCUGGAAAUGGCUACCAGGCCGGCUCCAGAGGCAAUGACGCCUGCCACUCAACCAGCUCCUCAAGGGCAAGAGGGCGAGGGCGAGGGCGACUUGGGGGCACAAGCUGCCCAGUGCCAGGACAACUUCGACGACCUCUCGGAGUUUGGGCUGCUCGGUCAGGUCGACCUCCCCGGCCUCCCCGAGCCGAUCGACUACUCCUGCUUCCCCGGUGGGUUCGAGGAGUUGCUCGGAGCCGACAUGGACUUCUCCCUCCCUCCCGAGUUGCAGAUGGAGUUGCAGACGGCGGCAGGCGACUCGUACGAAGAACUUGUCCCGGCUCAGCAGAUGGACGUGGACGUGGACGUGGAGGCAGAGGGUGUCGGGGCGCGGGGCUCGCCAGAACGGCAGAUGGACGAUGUCCAGCAGCCCCUACAGGCACAGGGCGUCGAUCUGGUGGAGUCUCGGCCUCGUAUCCCGGGGUUGACUCUCCUGGACGAGAAUGAGGCUGCAGGCAGUGGCACCGGUGGCAGUGGAUCUGGCGUGAGCGAUGCUCCCAGCCCUGUCGCCCAGGACGAGGCCGAUGGCCGGAACCAGGGGCCCACACCGGCACCUCAGUCGAGUGCAGACCGGUGGAAGUUGAAGUCGCGGUCGUACGUCCCCCCCAGUCCUACUCAGAUGUCAGUCAGUGCUGACGAACCUGGCGAUACAGACAGCCCCCGCUCACAAUCCCCAUCUUCAACAUGGGCAGAUGAUGAGAUGGUCGAAGCCGUGCGUGCGAUGCGCGUGUCAGAGCCCGACCCCGUCCCCGUCCCCGACCGCGCCGCCGACCACGCCGAUUCCGAGUUCACCGGACUCUCGAGUCCUCCUUCAAGCCCCGGCUUUGUUCCACCAAGCCCCGUCUACGGCGCCGAAAGCCCCCGGUUUGGUCCUCCCCCAGGGGGGAGUAAGAGCCCCAGCCCCGCCUGGUCCUUGAGCUCGCAGCAAUCCAUAUCCUGGAGCAACUCAGGCUCCGUGAGUCCCGCUGGAUUAGCCGAGGUAGAAGAAGAGACCACCGACCCAAGACAAGAAACGGAUGUGGACUCGGAAGAGGAGGGCGGGUUUGAAGACGUGGACCUGGGAGCAGAGCAAGCACCUACCGAGGCAUUGAAACUCGAUCUGGAGGAAGGUGAAGGGGAACCAGAGGAGGAAGGGGACCAAGCGGAGCUGCCGGGAACCAACGGCAAGCAACGAGAGAUGUCACCCCUGACGGGAAAGAGAAAGCGGGGGAACGGAGGCGAUGCCUCGGGCGAUUCCUCGGAUGAGGAGGAGGAAGAGGAUGACACGGACUGGUCGGUGUUCGACGUUUACAACUCGGGCAUCAACAAGGAUGGCACCAGUCUGUCAAACCCACAGCCACAACAAGCGGCCUCCACGGCACCGGCACCGGCUCCAGCACCAGCAUCAGGCUCAAGGUCGGCCCCGCCACCAAGCCAACGCGCCCGCAUCACCGACACCAAACUGCAAUCCCGGUCCUCACACGGGCGGGACGGCGACUACGUGCACCACACGGCAUUCCUGAAGGACAAGUGGGAGUACGCCACAGAGUUUCGAGACAAUUCCGACGACUUGUUGGUGCCGGGUCCGAGGACCAAAUACGGCUGUCGCGAUCUGAAAUGCAAGAUCCAAAAGGUGGGCCAUGACUGCGUCAAUGGACUGGCCGAUCUCCUGCAAAAACAGGCGGAGGAAGAAGCGAAGGUGAAGCAGCGAGCGGAACCAAGCGAGGUGAUUGAACUGUGA